AUGUCCGAAACUCCGGAGGUUCGAGAAGCUGCGAUCGUCGACCGACAUUUGCCAGAGGGCUAUUCCGCAGAGCCAGAAGCCGUGGCUUACGAGAGUGUAGAUGCAUCUGCAACGACAUCUCUGCUCCGGAACCUGUCAAGCUCGCCGCCGCAGUCCUCCUUGACACUGCAAGGUGGCGACAUGCACAGGGACAUUUUCAAAAUCAAGGCACGGGCCAAUGCUCCCAAAAGAUCCGCAACUUUUUCCCACCUCACCAGCGAUCAGAAUCAAAUUAUAUCGGCUGACGAACCGGCCAUUGAGCAACAACUGGAGCCUGGCGGAUUUCGCCGACAAUAUGUGCAGAGACAUACGGUGCAGAGACGGUUAAGCACCAUUGCCACGCCUGUGACGAGAAACUUUGUAUCCUUUCUGGAACUGUAUGSUAGCUUCGCAGGCGAAGACCUCGAAGACACCGACUCGGAUGACGAUGAUGAAUCGGCAAUCCAGGACGAUGAUGAUGAUGACGCUGCUCAGAAUGAUUCACGACGAGGCGAGCGACGCCCACUGCUUGCCAAACGGCGCAAAAGUUCGAAGAGGAUCAAGCGGGAAGGUGAAGCGGGUACCACCAAGACUUUCUUCACGCUUUUGAAGGCUUUUGUUGGAACUGGUAUCAUGUUCCUACCCAAGGCCUUCCGGAACGGCGGAAUCCUCUUUUCAUCAGUUACGCUUAUCUUGGUCUCCAUCAUCACGACACUUUGCUUCCGGCUUUUGCUGCAGUGCAGGACUAAAUACGGCGGUGGAGGUUAUGGUGAGCUUGGAGAUGCCAUCUUUGGAGGCAAAUUCCGAUCUCUGGUCCUUUGUUCGAUCACCCUGUCUCAAUUGGGAUUCGUAUGCGCUGGACUCAUCUUCACAGCGGAGAACCUCCUUUCGUUCCUAAACGCCGUCGUACCUGCGCACAAAGACCAACCAUUUGGUACCCCAGCCCUCAUUGCGAUUCAAUUCGUGCUCCUCAUCCCGCUGGCACUGAUCCGAAACAUCUCCAAACUCGGUCCUGCUGCCCUCCUCGCCGAUGUCUUCAUCCUGAUUGGAUUGGUCUAUAUCUGGUAUUACGAUAUCGCCAGUCUCGCAACUCAGGGAAUGGCUCCUAGCGUAUCGCUUUUCAACUCGAACUCGUUCACACUAACCAUCGGCUCCGCCAUCUUCACCUUUGAAGGCAUCGGGCUCAUUCUCCCCAUUCAGUCAUCGAUGAAGCAGCCGGAGAAGUUCAGCUACUUGYUGUACCUAGUCAUGUUCAUCAUCACAAUCAUCUUCACCUCCGUGGGAGCACUCUGUUAUGCAACCUUUGGCGAGGACACCAAGAUUCAGGUCAUUUCCAACUUUCCGCAAGAGAGCAAGCUGGUCAACGCCGUGCAGUUCCUCUAUUCCAUGGCGGUGCUUGUCGGAGAGCCAGUUCAGCUAUUCCYGGCCGUGAGAAUCAUCGAGCAAGCCAUCUUUGGAGAUAGGGCUUCAGGAAAGAAGAGCAAGAGUGUCAAGUGGUGGAAGAACGGACUCCGCAGUGCCAUGAUGCUGUUGUGUGGCGGUAUUGCCAUUUUGGGUGCUUCCGAUUUGGACAAGUUCGUGUCUUUGAUUGGAGCUUUUGCAUGCGUGCCGUUGGUCUACAUCUAUCCUCCGACUUUGCACUUGAAAGGUGUGGCGGAGACGUGGGCCGAGAAAGCGUAUGAUAUCACGCUCAUCACGCUUGGAGUUGGCACCAUGGUGUACACUACCGUAUUGACUUUGAAGCAGUGGGCGGACUAG